CAAGGCGUUCCGGUCAGCAGCAGCCCCGCGGCUCCUCGGGCCCCGCCGCGCUGGCAAGCCCCAGUCCCCGCCAGCCCAAUCGUGCUGGCGCUUUAAGGACGGGCGGGGCCGGCUGGGCGACAGCGCUGGACACCUGGAGCUGCCCGAGGACGCAUAGGAGAGGUGGGGCGGGCGUCACCACCGGAGUGGAGGGCGAGGCCCGGGUCCCGCGCUCCCCUGGGCGCCCCACGGCAGCCUCAGAGCCCCGCGGGGAGCGCGCAGCCCUCGGGGCGGGCGCCGAGGGUGAGGCCUGGCUCGGUCCCUGCGCACCGGGUGCGGGCGGCGGAGAGGGCGCGGCUGGUGAGCCCUGGGAGGGCCCAGGAGCCAGACCUCGGUUUUGCGGGCUGGGGAGCAGGGCUCGGGGGCAGCGGCCGGGCCCCUCCGCCCCUAACACCCGCGCCUCCUGCAGACCCGAGGGUCGCCGCUGGUAGGGUCGCUCAGCCCUGGCGUCCUCCACCACCACACCUUCACCUGCGCCCGGCUCCCUGCGCGCCUGGACAGCGCCUGCUGCCCGCCUCCCGAUGGCCCUGCCCCAGAUGUGUGACGGGAGCCACUUGGCAUCCACCCUCCGCUAUUGCAUGACAGUCAGCGGCACAGUGGUUCUGGUGGCCGGGACGCUCUGCUUCGCUUGGUGGAGCGAAGGGGAUGCAACCGCCCAGCCUGGCCAGCUGGCCCCACCCACGGCGUAUCCGGUGCCUGAGGGCCGCAGCCCCCUGCUCAGGUCCGUCAGCUUCGUCUGCUGCGGUGCAGGUGGCCUGCUGCUGCUCAUUGGCCUGCUGUGGUCCGUCAAGGCCAGCAUCCCGGGGCCACCUCGAUGGGACCCCUAUCACCUCUCCAGAGACCUGUACUACCUCACUGUGGAGUCCUCAGAGAAGGAGAGCUGCAGGACCCCCAAAGUGGUUGACAUCCCCACUUACGAGGAAGCCGUGAGCUUCCCAGUGGCCGAGGGGCCCCCAACACCACCUGCAUACCCUACGGAGGAAGCCCUGGAGCCAAGUGGAUCGAGGGAUGCCCUGCUCAGCACCCAGCCUGCCUGGCCUCCACCCAGCUAUGAGAGCAUCAGCCUUGCUCUUGAUGCCGUUUCUGCAGAGACGACACCGAGUGCCACACGCUCCUGCUCAGGCCUGGUUCAGACUGCACGGGGAGGAAGUUAAAGGCUCCUAGCAGGCCCUGAAUCCAGAGACAAAAAUGCUGUGCCUUCUCCAGAGUAUUAUGCAGUGCCUGGGACACAGUAGGCACUCAGCAAAUGUUCAUUGUUGAAGGCUGUUCUAUUUAUCUAUUGCUGUAUAACAAACCACCCCAGAAUUUAGUGGCUUAAAAUAAAUCCCAUUUUAUUAUGU